CAUCUUUGAUUGCGGUUGAUCUACGGUAAUAUCAAAAUUACACCGAAUGAAUCAAUAUCAAUAAGCGCUUUACUAAGAUUGUGCUUACUACUACCAGACCGAAUAUCAAGGUAAAAUGGAGGAAAUUCCAUUUCCAGACCUUAAAAUAGAUACAAGUGACUUCAUGGACAGUCUUAAUGGGAGAAGUAAAUGUUCUAAAUGUGAGAAAUCACGCAAAUAUUACUGCUACAAUUGUUAUAUCCCAGUGCCAGAGAUCGAAGACAAAGUUCCCACAGUAAAGCUGCCUAUUAAAAUUGAUGUUAUUAAACAUCCUAGUGAAGUAGAUGGUAAAAGUACAGCAGUACAUGCAGCAGUUAUAGCCCCUGAUGAUGUCACUGUUUACACAUAUCCCUGUAUACCAGAUUAUGAUAUAGAUAAGACUGUGUUGGUAUUUCCUGGUGAAUCUUCAAUAACCUUAGCUGAUCUGGCACACAAGUUGAAUGGAAAUAGUAACAAGUCCAUGGGAAAGAGAAAUGUUUGUAGUGACCAUGAAGAUAGUGGGUCUCCUCAUAAAAGAUCAAGAUUGGAAUCAACAGAGAUCUCUUCACAAGAAAAGUUAAAUGAAGAAAAUGUUUUAGGCAAAGAGGAUAAACAAGAAGAAAAAUCUUGUGAUAAUUUAGCAUCAGAACAAACCUGUGGAAGCAAGGAAAAGGAAAAUAACGAUGGGGACAGAGUUUCUGCUGGAAAUAGUGACAAUAAACAAGAAUCUCAGACACUUUGUAGUGGUUUAGAACUGGUUCCUUCAUGCAAGUUGGAAAGAGUUGUUUUUGUAGAUAGCACAUGGAACCAAACUAAAACUAUCUGCAGCGAUGAACGCCUUAGAGGUCUUCAAUGUAUAGAACUAAAAACAAGGGAGACAAAGUUUUGGAGACAUCAGAAAGAUAUUCCAAACACGUACCUGUCAACCAUUGAAGCUAUUUACUACUUCCUGCGAGAGUUCCACGAACAGUUUGUUUUAUCUAGAUACAGUGGCCAAUAUGACAACUUGUUAUUUUUCUUUUCGUACAUGUACAAGAAGAUAAGAACUUUGUAUGAUGGGGGUAGUGACUUAAAAGCCUACAAAGAACGGACUGUCAAAUAAUAUAAAACCAGAUCUUAUUUUAAUGCUUGCUUGUAUAGAUGCUUCAUAAUCAAGUGCAGAUAAAGUUUAGUUCUUACUGUCUAUUGUUUUGAUAAUUUUUAUAUUUCGAUGUAUUUUUUAAACAUUUUGAAUACAUGAUUGUGCUUCAUUA